AUGCAAUCUUUAACUGAAGAAGAUAUGAAAAACAGCACAUUGCAACAAGAAUUCCACAUUUUGGCAUUUACCAGUCUUUCUGAAGCAAAGAUUAUAAUUUUUAUUACCGUUUUAUUGACAUAUCUGUUGUCUGUGCUAGGAAAUUUGAUUAUAAUUGUACUCGUCUGUUUGGUAUCCAGACUGCAUACUCCAAUGUACGGCUUCCUAUGCACCCUCUCAGUGCAGGAUAUCAUCAAUGUUUCUUGUAUCCAGCCAAAGCUCUUGCAUUUGACAUUAACAGGUAACACCGCUAUCCUAUUCCAAGACUGUAUCAUACAAUUAUUUAUAUUCAUAAUGAGCAUGGAAACUGAAUUCUUCCUGUUGACAGCCAUGGCUUUUGACCGUUAUGUAGCCGUUUGUAUCCCUCUGCGUUAUUCUCUGAUCAUGAAAAAAAGAGUAUGUAUGUUAUUGGCUGCUAGUUGUUGGGUUAUUGGUGCUUUGAAUGCAAUGGUUUUUUCAUUGAUCAUGUCCAAUUUACCUUUCUGUAAAUCCAGAGAAAUAAAUAAUUUCUUCUGUGAGGUGGAAACAAUGUUGAAGCUUUCCUGCAAAGAUACCAGAAAUAUUCAAAUUCUCAUUUUAGUUGAAGGCUUGUUAAUGGGCUUUGUACCAUUUUCACUCAUACUUUCUUCAUACAUAUUAAUAAUAUUUAACAUUCUCAAGAUUCGAACUUCAGAAGGAAGACGCAAGACAUUCUCCAGCUGCUCUUCCCAUCUCUCUAUCGUUAUCCUUCUAUAUGGGACAUGCCUGAGUUCCUAUGUAAAACCAGAGUCUGCAAACACUCGAGAGCAAGAUAACCUAAUAUCGAUGCUGUAUAUUUUUCUGGUUCCACUAUUAAAUCCAAUAGUGUAUAGUCUGAGAAACAAAGAGAUUUUGAAAGCCAUAAAAAACAUAACAAGAAGAAAAAAAUAA